AUGCCGCAAGAACAGCCCCCCAACAGCUGGACCCAUGAGCUCGGCCACCAGCUCGCCGAAGAGACGCCAGAGAAUGAAUUGCUGUCCCUACACGAGCUUCUUAGCGCCCAUGCGGAGACAACCCAGCUACUGCUGGAGUCUCCUUACUGCUUUCCCUUAUACCUUUCCAUUGCUCGAACCUAUCAGACCCUGGGAUACCCGGAUCUGGCCGCUGGAGCAGCGUACAAGGCGCUUCUAUUGUCAGAUGCGAUACGAGACGACAGCGAUGAGUACCACGAACAAGCGACUGAGGCUUUUGAGGUGGUGCUGGAGAACUCCUCCUUUCCGGAUACAGCUCGCGUGCCCUCAGCGCAGGAGAAAGAUGAGUGCAACCAGACCGUAACAAUCCUUGAGUCGUUCUAUUUACCAUUAACAUACAAUGCCCUUGCUGGCAAUCUUCUGCGCUGCGGCUGCCUCAGGUCUGCGUACAGCUACAGCAAGCAAGCGGCGAAGUUAUACCCGCAUGACUCUCGUUUCAAUAAGAUCAUGAGUGACGCUCGCCAGAAAGUGCCGCAAGCCUCUCCUGACUCCUGCGAGCUUGAUAACCCAUUGACUUGGCCUGAUCAAGGCUAUGUGCGACGUGAGCAGUACCCGUGGAACACUUUCGAGCCGGAUCGAUUUAGCCAACUCGGCCAAUUGAACGCUAUGAUGAGUGAAGUCGCCCCCAGAUUGGAAGUCCUGGCCGUCGACCUGCCUGCGGUAUCAAUAGCAGCGACUGCUUUUUCAAAAGUGGAGACGGUCAAGCAACUCGGCAUCUUCGCCAAAGAGGAUAUCAAGCCUGGCGAAACCGUGCUCGUUGAAACGUCAUUACUAGCAGCGAACAACAAACUCCAGGAUGCCUUGUGUGAUGCCUGCUCUGCCGACCUGCCCGGAAUUGGCACGCCCGAAUUCGAAAACACGGUGCCUUGCGAUGAAUGCGAAGUCGUUUUCUGCAGUCAGGAGUGUUGUGAGAGAGCUGCAGAUUCAUAUCAUCCGGCACUGUGUGGGAUGGACGUGGAGACCAUUGCCAAAGACGUCCCUCCCACGGAAGCUGCUAACUCAUUAUACUCGCUGUUGCUGCUGCGAGCCUUGGCUAUGGCAGAGACGAGGCAGUGCCAUCCACUGUCACUCGACGAGGUCAAAUACAUCUGGGCCGAGUUUCACAAUCUAUCGCUGGAGGAAGCCUGGUCGAAAGAUGUGGAGUCACCGUUCCGCGGUCUUCCGCAGAUGCUGCCGUUCAGCUUUGAAUACAACAUCCGCCUGCCCUUCCACAUGCUCGAGAAGAUGGACAUCGACAUCUUCCGAAAUCCGCAGUACGAUGUCUGGGUUUUCAACAGUUUGUACGCAAAAUUCCGAGGCACGGCUUCAGCUCGCUUGUCAGGACUAGGAGGAAGGGCCAUCAGAGGUCCGGAGGUGAGCGCGGUGCAUCCGAUGUGGUGUAUGGCGAACCACUCUUGCGAUCCUAACGUGAGCUGGGAGUGGGGUGGAAGUAUUCGGUUCUGGGCUCGCGAGGAGAGAGUAGACUGGCAGAGGGAUGAAGAGGUAACCAGAAGAAGUGAAGCUGGUAUACGGAAAGGAGACGAGCUGCUCAACCAUUAUUGUGAUAUCGAACUAGGGGUCAAAGAUCGGCGAGAAUGGGCGAAUGGGUCACUAGGAGGAGAUUGUCGCUGUGCUAGAUGUCUCUGGGAAGCUCGGGAAAUGGAGAAUGGCCACUAA